AUGAAGACAGUAAAGGCUGCUCGCGAGCGCGGGGUUGAAAUGAGCAUCGCCAUGCGCGAACGCGAGAUCGCUGCUCUGGAGCGGGAGAAGAAUGAGCUGCAGUCCUUCAUGGCCUCCGCGAAACCGCGAGGGUGCGAGGACCAGCUGCUCGCUUCUUUUCCCGUGCUCGACUACUGCGGCAGGAGGCCGCGAAAGUCAAUCAAAAGCAUUUCAGUGGAGCAGUACGGCAACAUCAUGAUUCAGCUGGAUAUUGCAAAGAAGGCAAUCGAUUCUCAGAAUCAGAAGGACCGCGCCGAUGUCCAACUGCUGAACCGCCUAAUUCGUGAGCAGGAGAAGGAGCACAAGAUGUUCCUGCAGAAGACGAAGAAGAUAAGUGAAAAAGCUGGUAUUAACCUCAAGUGGUUCACAGAUCGUCAGUGUGCUGACGCCAUGAGGUUGCAGGAUUACAAGACGGAAGUCUCUCUUGCAGAGCUGGAGGCGCGCAAGCGCCUCGUUGAGCACGAAGUCAAGGCAGCCAAGGCCAUUGUAGAAAGGAAGGGUGCUGCCAUCAUAACGCUUACCAACCUUGUGGAAAAGCGCCGCUCCACCAUCGACGAAGUAGAUGCUUUGUACAACCAAAUUCGUGUUGUAGACCGCGAUACAAUCAUUGCGAAGGAGGAGUUGGAGCGUCUGAAUGCUGAUAUGCAGGACGCGGACGCUUGGCUUGAGGCGCGGCCGAAUCCGUCCGAGUCGCUGGCGCGCAAAAUAAUUGAUGAGGACUACACCGUGAUCAAGGGGGAGAAGGAACAGACCGUGAAUGAGCAGCGCGUUCCGCAGGAGCGCGUCAUCAAGGCGCAGGACUACCGCAUCGCGCAGCUGGAGGAGCGCGCGAAGGUUGUUGAAAAGGCGCUCAAGAGCAACGGACUUUCUCACGAAGUCGACAGGAUUGUGGCGCUCGGCUCGUCGCUGGGCGAGCUGGAAGUGCCGGAGAGCCAGGAGGAGCUCUACGACAUUGAGAAGAUCAUACCAGCCCAGGAACAGAUUCACCCUGGCAUCUACAAUCUGCUGCUCACUGAGAAGGAGAGGGCGGCGCGCACUGUCAGCAUUCUCACUAUUUCUGCCAAGGAGAAAGAGGAGGUCACUGCCGAGCUCACGACCCGGCUAGAGCGGUUGGCUGGGGAGUGCACUGCGGCGAUCCAGGAGCUGGAUAACUGCGCGUCGGAGUUGGUGGCAUCCCAGGAACAGCAGCGUGUGCAGGCACUUAAGUGGGUGCGUGAGGAGCGUAAACGCUGCCUUAGGCUCUUCCAUGAGACAGAACUCUUUGCAAAGAGCACAAAAGAGGGCUCGUAG